AUGGACCUGUCCCUGAUGGACCUGUCCCUGAUGCAGCUGUUCCUGAUGCAGCUGUCCCUGAUGGACCUGCCCCUGAUGCAGCUGUCCCUGAUGCAGCUGUCCCUGAUGGAGCUGUCCCUGAUGGACCUGUCCCUGAUGGACCUGUCCCUGAUGGAGCUGUCCCUGAUGGACCUGUCCCUGAUGGAGCUGUCCCUGAUGGAGCUGUCCCUGAUGGACCUGUCCCUGAUGGACCUGUCCCUGAUGCAGAUGUCCCUGAUGGAGCUGUCCCUGAUGGACCUGUCCCUGAUGCCUGUCCCUGAUGCAGCUGUCCCUGAUGGACCUAUACCUGAUGGACCUGUCCCUGAUGGACCUGUCCCUGAUGGAACUGUCCCUGAUGCAGCUGUCAAUAGGAGCAUCAGUGAAGCACCACUGUCCACAUCAGAGGAAGGCAGAAGGGGGAGAGUCAAACCCCACCUGUCGGGCACGUCCGGGGGGAGAGGCCGGGGUUGUGGGUCCCCGGUGAAGCCAAAGCGCAGCUCUUCCAGAUGGGCAACCAUGCUGUCAGCCAUCAGAGAGGAGGCCGGUCUCAACCACACCUGA